GUCUAUCAGGCGUUGUGUCGUCUUCAGCGUCCUCCUCCACCUCCGAUCCCGCUCGUGGGGUUCAGCUAUUUCGAUCGGGACCAGUUGUAGUGCGGCACGAGGAGAUACCGUUUGAUGAUAUUUUUUCUCAAUGUAGUUCUUCGACGGAAUUACGGAUAUCAACAAACACCGGCAGACCACGAGAUGGACCAAAUGGGAGCAAAAAGCCGAGGAAUAGUUUCACAAACAAGAAGAACUCUAAGUUCUUCGAGCCGGAGUCUCCGUUUGCUUCGGUGGAUGGGCCGCAGAAACUCUCCCGACUGGACCCAAAGUACAAAAAGUUUCGCAAAUUGCUGCACGUCGGCACGGAAUUGGAGAAGCGGGAAAAACGGCAUGGACCGAUGCUCCUGCAGCUACCACCAGCAUCUACGUCGAUUCUUGGUGCCGAUUCAUACUUCGAAAAGCCUCCCCGCCUCCCAAACUGCAACAUCGCAGAUGCAGCAAAUCAAGUCGAACAAUCCGUCGAAACGGAGCCGCAGCUGCUAGGGGGACCGGUCUUGUCAGGGAAAUCAGCAGAGGACGCGCUAGCAUGCAGUUCGCAGAUGAACAAGGUUAAUAUUGCGAAUAAUGGUGAAGCCGACCAGGAGAUGAGCCAACGAAAACGACUCCAGGAGACCGAGAGCUGCUUCGAUCAUCUCGCCGUGCAGUCAGCCGACGCGCAGUUGCCUUCGAUCGAGAGCACGACAAAAAGAGGUGACUAUGAACAUCACCCCGAUGACCGCCAUAGUUACGGCAACAAGGAAUUUUCGAAACUGGCACAGCUUUUGUCGUCGACCGAGAUCCUUCCGCAACGCGCCGCUUCGUCAAGUAGUGUCAGCACGACAAAUGAUUCUUGUGUGAAACUUCCAAACUCCGUGCUGUACGCCUGGAAACAGUUGCAGAAGCAUGUUUUGUGUGCGGCGGAGGUUCAGAUUGCAACACCAAAUCAGGUGACAUCCACUUCUAGCAAGAGACAUGCGACGAGGACAAAGCUAGACAGUGCUGCGGUCUAUGUCUCGUUCGUGUCCAUUGUCAAGAUGCGAAGUUACAGCUUCGAGCUUCCCGGGUUUGCGCAGACAGUUUCCGCGCUUGUGAACAGUGUCGAAAAUUAUGUUGUGGCACGAGCGGGUGCGAGAAAUGGAAAUGGUGGCGCUCGACAAGAAGAGAUGAAUGAUGGUAGCUUUAUUUUUGACCAUGAUGGAAUAAAAGCCGCAGGAGCCUUAAGAGCCCCCUCUUCGUCCUCCGUAGAACAAGCUCUAGGUGACGUAGCUCCCACCUCCAUGAUAUUCACAGCCCGACCGUCCUCCGCCGCCAGGACGGCAGGACCGCAUCUACUGGAACUGCAACCGAAGCACCUCUGCGGAAUCUGCGGCACUUUUUCAAAACUGGCCGAGAAGCUUUGUGAUCCGGGACUACUGGCCAGCAUGCGGAAUAUUGUGCAGAUCACGACGCAGACUGUGCUGGAGCAGUCAGGCGGGGGUAGAGGUGGAACUAAACAAUCGACCUCUGCUGCUGAUCUUUCCGCUGGCUGCAGCUCUGAGUCUGAUUCACACUCCCCUUCAUCCAAGCUUUUCUCCGGACAAGACAUUGGCUACCUGAUCGACGCUUGCCGUUCGCUAAACAUGCUCCACACGCCAGAACUGCAGGAAUGUUUGUCCACCCUUCUAAGACAAAACUGGGACAUGCUGUGGUCAAGUUACGGGCUGGUUCUGGUGACACAGGGAAGCUACUUCUCUACUUGUCACCUCGCAGCACCAGCAGGAGGCACAGAAGCGGAGGAUGGACGGCACAGCCAUGCGAGUUUUUAUUCGUCUCGCGUUUCUUCACUCCAGAACAGAAAUCGCGAAACCGUGCUCGCCUGGCGUUGUCUGACCUAUCGCCUUCGAGAGUGCCUCCCGGCGUUUCCCGCUGGGUCCAUCGUGAAAAUUCUGAAGCACUUGCACCAGGACACUGUGCGGAUCCGCGAUUUAAAAAUGGAGAGGGGAGUGCUGGAGUUGUUUGGCAGCACAACGACGGGAUCAUCGCCUGGCCAUCACGAUGAAGAAUUUGGUGGACUGAGCCAGUUUCCGAACAAAACGGAGCAGCUGAGCGCUACCGACGUGUACGAUUUGGUGGUACAUACGAAAUUACUGGAGGACACAAAAGUUGCGACCAACAGGGGAUCCAAGAACAGCGCCGUCGUUCAUAACAGAACCAAUUUUCCCCUGAGAACCGAGGUGUUGAAUAACCUCCUAUCACGGUUUCUGCUGCAGCUGACGAUGUCAACAUCAAAUAGCAGAUCUCCCCUCUCCUGCAGCUCAUCCUCCAUCGACCCCCUGCUUUUUCUCCACAAGCUCUCGCUGCUUCCGUUAGACGUUAACGAGCGGCUGGCCAAGAAAAUCACAAGCCUGUUGCUCAAACAAACCUUCCGAUCUGGACUGUCCAAGCACGCCGAGAGUCGAGUGCUCGCGGUGGUGCCGAGAGCCUGGCUCGGGAAAGAAUGGGAUCGGAGGCUGCUGCAGGUCAGGGGACCUUCACGAUCGGGGUCUGGUAGCCUUGAGAUUGGCACGGGAAAUGCACAAGCAGUGUGGCGGUCGUUACCAGACGCAGUUGCGAAGCUGCGCAGAGGCACAGGAAAGAAAACUGCAGUGGCGGCUGGACAACUUCUGAAGAAACCGGGACUUCUGAGCCGUGCUGCUUUGGUGUCGAGUUGUUCUGGAAUGAUACCUGCUUCUCAAGAAGUGUGUUCCAGUUUACAAAAGCCCCAGGUCCCAAAUGGAAAAAAGGUCGAAGAAAUUCUCGUUGUUCUGCACGAAUGCGAGCAAGCGCUCCGACGGAGGCAGCGGCCUGCGGAGCAGAAGCUAGCCGCUCUGUACCAGUAUUAUCGAGAAGAAAGUGCGCUACUUUCCAGGAGCACGAGCAGUCGUAGUUCUACAGCAGCUGUAAGUAGUUCAGGGGAACCAGCUAAGGAUGGAAUCCGAAUUUCCCUCGACCGUCUUGUCAUCGUGCUGUCGCUCGCCGAUUAUUCACGUGCAUUAUGGUCGCUGCAUUUAUUUGCGUCGCAGUUCGUAUCGACUUGGCGAAACCACUGGGGCCAAACGACAAGAAGCAGUGCCUGGAAGCAAAUGUAUCUCACCGCGAAGUUGCACGAAAUCUUUGUUGACGCUGGCGUACGUGGCCCACAGCACCUUCGCCAUCCCAAUGCACGCACAUCAGACGUCGCUGUGCCAACAUCGAUGCAAAGAUUGGAAGCCGAAGAAAUUUUUUCUGCGUCGUCAAUCCGAUCUUUUUUGUCGAGAAUCUCGGGCGGAUUUCUCUCCGAGGAUGGUGGCUCGUUUCCAUCGCGAUCUUCUAUUCCUGAUACAGCUCCUCGCCGUCCUUCUCUAAUACCAAAAUCUAACGAACAAAUAAUCACGCACGAAACGUUCUACGACACCUCCAAGGCAAAGUCAUUAAGAGAGGGAGAGCGAGAAGCGGAAACGUCGAAGCCCCUAAAUUUCAAGGAUCAGAAGCAGGUCCGUCGUGCUUUAAUACAAAUUUUGGGCCAUCGAGGGUGCGCAGGAAGAACUGGUCUCUCUGUCCUAGGACCGUUUCCCACCUCUGGACAAACCACAUAUGGUGGUGACAAUUUAUUCCCAAAUGUAACGUUUUUGCUGAAUUGCUGAGAGUAGCAAAGACGGCAGGAAGCGCCCUGUGCUUAAUGGCAUCUUCACUCAGACUAGAUAAAUAAGAGAUGAAACACAAGGAGAAUAAAUAACCGCAAAAAAUGAAGAUAGCCUGAUGACAAAAUGGUCCG